GAACACCACAAAUUAAUGAGGUAUAUGCCAAAAAGACUGAAAAUGCCCUGUUUUCACAAUAUACUUCUCAUGGUUGUACUGAGUGGAUUCUUGCUGGGCGGAUCCUUCUCCUACGCCCAGCUGAGUCCUACAUUUUACGACGAAACUUGCCCGAACGUGACCACCAUAAUACGCGACAUCAUUGAGGACGCAUUAGAGUCCGAUCCCCGGAUCGGUGCCAGCCUCAUUAGGCUUCAUUUCCACGACUGCUUUGUUCAAGGCUGUGAUGCAUCAAUUUUGUUGGACAACAAUGCCACUUUGGGGAUAGUGAGUGAGAAGGAAGCAGGUCCAAAUAAUAACUCCGCGAGGGGUUAUGAUGUUGUUGAUGCCAUGAAGACCGCGCUGGAAACGGCUUGUCCCGGCGUUGUUUCGUGCGCUGAUAUUCUCACUGUUGCUGCCGAAGAAUCUGUUGACUUGGCAGGAGGACCAUCGUGGACAGUUUUGUUAGGAAGAAGAGACAGCACAACAGCAAAUAGAGCAUUAGCCAAUACUGCCCUUCCAGGUCCAACACAACCCGUUGACGUACUCAAACAGAGGUUCUCAGAUGUCGGCCUUAACACUACCGUCGAUUUGGUUGCUCUCUCUGGUGCUCAUACAUUUGGAAGGUCACAAUGUAGCAGUUUCAUAGGCAGAUUAUACAAUUUCAGUGGCACUGGCAGUCCUGACCCAACAUUGAACGCAACUUACCUUCAAACACUGCAACAGCUUUGCCCUCAAAGCGGAAACCUCAGUGUUUUGGCUGAUCUAGACCCGACCACGCCUAAUGCUUUCGACAAUAAUUACUUCUCCAAUCUUUUAGUUAAUCAAGGACUUCUUCAGAGUGAUCAAGAGCUAUUCUCUACAAAUGGGUCUGACACGAUUGACAUUGUUAGGAACUUCAGUGCUAAUUCAAGUGCUUUCUUUGAAGCCUUUGUGGUGUCCAUGAUUAGAAUGGGGAAUAUCAGCGUAUUGACAGGGACAGAAGGAGAGAUUAGAUUGAACUGCAGCAAAAUCAAUGAUAAUUCGCUUCGAUCAAGUGGUGAUGGUGCUCUGGUUAGCUCAAUUUGAGUUGGGAAGAAAAAGACUAAUAACAUGGUUUUAAAUAAGCUUUGUGUACGUAUCAUCUAUCACCAUUAUUAGUCAACCGUAAGAGCUUGUGUUUUGUAUGAUCUCGUUUGUUUGAUGAAUCAUGUAAUAAACUUUGCUUUAUUUACUAAAACAUGAUAUGAAACUGAAAAUGGAAAUCGAAACA